UUCCGCGGAUUCGCGAGUUCUACCCACGGAAAGCUAGGGUUUAGGGGGUUGCGAGUCGUCCUCAGCGCUUAGCUUGUGAUCGCCGCCGCCUUCGGUACCAGCGAAGAUGGGACACUCCAACGUUUGGAACUCCCAUCCUAAGAACUACGGCCCUGGAUCCAGGGCUUGCCGCGUUUGUGGCAAUCCUCACGGAUUGAUUCGGAAGUAUGGGCUCAUGUGUUGCAGGCAGUGCUUCCGCAGCAACGCCAAGGAGAUUGGCUUCAUCAAGUACCGUUAAGAAGAAGAAAGCGCGUAGGGCAGGCGAUGGAGGAAGAAUCGCCGCCAUGUUUUAACAUUGAAUUGCUUAUUAUUUCAGAAUAGUUGGUGAAGACAUUGUGGUUCCUUGAAACUGGUUAUUGAAGUUUGUUUCUCUCGGAUUUUGUAGAAUGUGCACUGAGUUAUCAUUCAAAUGUGACGGUUCCUCUUCUUAAUUUCAUUUGUUAUUAGCGUAUGGUAAUUUGGUA